CACCCGUAUCCGGGUGCGCUGGGCCGCCAAGAUGGCGCUGGUUAUAGAAUCCCGGGUACCUGCGGCGGCCGGAGCCGGGCCCGGGAGCUCGGCGCCGGGUACCGAGUAGCGCUGUUCUGGCCACGGGGCUGCGCUCGAGGGUUCGCAUUUCCCCUGACCUCGGGGGACACCUGCGUCCUUCCUCCCCGGCGCGUCCAUGAACUCGGUGUCGCCGGCCGCGGCGCAGUACCGCAGCGGGAGCCCGGAGGACGCGCGCCGGCCCGAGGGUCGCCGGCCGAGGGGACAAACCCGGAUCCCGGAUCCCAACAGCCUGGGACCUUCGGGGUCGGGCGGGGCAGCUCUAGGAUCAUCUGGGACCGACCCCGCCGAGCCUGACGAGGUGGACAAGUUCAAAGCCAAGUUCCUGACAGCCUGGAACAACGUCAAGUAUGGUUGGGCAGUUAAAAGCCGGACCAGCUUCAGCAAGCUCUCCAGUGUUCACCUCUGUGGGCGACGCUACCAUUUCGAGGGAGAGGGUGACAUCCAGCGGUUUCAAAGAGACUUUGUAUCUCGACUAUGGCUCACAUAUCGCCGGGACUUCCCACCCCUAGCUGGGGGCAGCUUGACCUCAGACUGUGGCUGGGGAUGCAUGUUACGAAGUGGUCAGAUGAUGCUGGCCCAGGGCCUGCUCCUGCAUUUUCUGCCUAGAGACUGGAGGUGGAUGGAGGGCACAGGCCUAGCUCCCCCUGAGAUGUCAGGGCCAGCCUCUCCCAGCCGCUACCGUGGGCCUGGUCGUCGUGUGCCCUCACGAUGGACCCAGGGUACACUGGAUAUGGAGCAGGAUCGUUGGCACCGGCGGAUUGUGUCCUGGUUUGCUGACCAUCCGCAGGCCCCCUUUGGGCUACAUCGGCUAGUGGAGCUUGGGCAGAGCUCUGGCAAGAAGGCGGGAGACUGGUACGGGCCCUCUGUGGUGGCACACAUCCUCAGGAAAGCUGUGGAGAGUUGCUCGGAGGUCACCCGCCUGGUGGUGUACGUCUCUCAGGACUGCACAGUGUACAAGGAGGAUGUGGCACGCCUGGUGUCCCGGCCAGACCCCAUGGCUGAGUGGAAGUCUGUGGUCAUCCUGGUACCUGUGCGCCUGGGUGGGGAGACCCUCAACCCCGUGUAUGUGCCCUGUGUGAAGGAGCUCCUUCGGUCAGAACUCUGCCUAGGCAUCAUGGGGGGCAAACCCCGGCAUUCACUGUACUUCAUUGGCUACCAGGAUGACUUCCUGCUCUACUUGGAUCCCCACUACUGCCAGCCCACAGUGGAUGUCAGCCAGGCCGACUUUCCCCUUGAGGUGAGCUGCUGGCUUUGGGUGGGAGCUGCAGGCACAGGCACAAAAUUGGGGUACCUCAAACCUCUCUUAUCUGCCCAGUCCUUUCACUGCACCUCGCCCCGCAAGAUGGCCUUUGCCAAGAUGGACCCCAGCUGUACCGUAGGGUUCUACGCCGGGAACAGGAAGGAGUUUGAGACUCUCUGCUCGGAGCUGAUGAGGAUCCUCAGCUCCUCCUCAGCCACAGAGCGAUACCCCAUGUUUACUGUGGCUGAGGGCCACGCUCAGGACCACAGCCUGGAUGCCCUCUGCACCCAGCUCUCCCAGCCCACACUGCGGCUGCCUUGCACAGGACGCCUCCUGAAGGCCAAACGGCCCAGCUCCGAGGACUUUGUGUUUUUAUAGUGGGAAGGGAUGGGGAAAGAUGUCAGACUAUUUAUUUUUUUAUUUAUGUCAUGUCAGGUAUGGGAUCUAGAACUCCGAUAGCAGUGCUGGAUCCCCUGUCCUCAUGUCCCCCAUCCUCCCCAACACAGCUGACAUCUGUCUAGGCCCCCAGCUUGGGGCUGUGCCCUUUAGCUGCCCCCAUGCCCCCUCAGGAGCCAGGGAUGGAGAGUGGGCUCCAGGGCACUCACUCAGGGCCUGAUUCAAGUUCUGUAGCCUGCACUGGAUCACUGUACUCACUGGUCCCAAGGUCCCAAAGCCCCUGUCCUGGGAGAACCGACUGGCUGCUGGGUGGAGGCUGAUAAAGAUGCAGACUUGAA